UGUUGAUACUCACAUCCUGAAUCCUGGAACGCUCCUCGGCCAGUUUUCGGGAACAUACGCUCUAUGGACACAGAGGACAGCGUCUUCUUGGAGUUGUAAAUUCUUGCUUCUUUCACACAGAGAAGGUGGACAUGGCUGUGGCUGAAGCACUGAUGCCAGCUGUGACAUCGUUCCCGAGCGUCAAAGCGAUGGACAAUCUGUGCAGUGUGGAGGAGUGUGUGCGGAGCGGCGCAACAGGUGGCGCAGACAACCCGCUCAUCGAAGUGGAGUUCAGCAUCGUGCAAUCUCCUGCUUUACCCCCCAAAGACGACGACGAGCUGGGGAAAUUUGUGGACAUCGAGUUUAUUUUGUCAAACACCAUCGGUGCUGUAAACAUCAGCAACAGCAAUGGGGAUAUUUCACCGACACAGCAGCAGCAGUACGCGUAUUCCCUGCCGGAGUCGCCGGAAAGCUGUGGCGGCGCUUCUGUGCCAGAAUGCAGCGACCAUCCUCCCACUCAUCUGGCUGCUCAGGGCUACCAUGGCGCCGUAAACUUUACAGACUCCAGCCCGGUGCACAGUCUCAUGGCGGAGCUUCUCACGCCUGAGAUGAGCUUCCCCGGGGAAAGUUCACCGGACAAGGCGAGAGACGGGAGGGAGUACACCGAAUUGCAAUCUUUAAACCACAUUCCAUCAGCUCCUGCUCAUCACCAAGUGGCCACGUCGUCUCCCCCGGCUGGAUACAAAAUCAAAACCGAGCCCGGGGAUCAGUCUUGUAUGAUGGCUGCUGCUGCUGCUGGGAACUUUAUGGAACAAGUGUAUGACAAACAUCAAAUGCGCGCAAUGCAUCCAGCAACUUUUACGCACCAUCAAGCUACGGUUCCUGGUGUGUUGCAGGGUUUCGGUGCGCACCAUAUGCAGCACGCCUCAUCUCAGGGACGCACGGACUGCCACUUGGCGCAAAUGAACUCUGCCACGAGCACUCAUCAUCAUCCUAAUCAGCACCAUCUCCAAAAUCAGUACCCGCCAUAUCACCAGCAGUACGUGCGCCAGACUGUGCCACAGUUGUUGCCACAGUACAACAUGCGCAGAGAGCCGGCCCACGCUCACCAGCAGCACCAUCCGUCUUCUCUGCAGGGAAUGAUGCUCACUCCUCCCUCGUCGCCAUCCUUGUUGGAGUUUUACGGGCACGACGAGGCGGGAUGCAUCAAGCAGAAGCGGGGCCGCAGGUCGUGGGCCAGAAAACGCGCCGCUACGCAUAACUGCGAGUUUCCAGGCUGUGGAAAAACAUACACUAAGAGUUCUCAUCUUAAAGCGCACAUGAGGACGCACACAGGUGAGAAGCCCUACCACUGUAACUGGGAAGGCUGUGGCUGGAAGUUCGCCAGGUCAGAUGAACUGACCCGUCACUUCAGAAAGCACACUGGACACAGGCCUUUUCAGUGUCACCUCUGUGAACGUGCCUUCUCUCGCUCAGAUCACCUGGCUCUCCACAUGAAGAGGCACAUGUAGGCUACGCUGCGCUCACGGACACUUCCAUCUGUCCCUUCUGCAUCAUGAUCAGCAUCCCAGAAGAAGCAUCAGCUGUUCUGAUAGCUGGCCACAGAAAGACUGUAACGAAGCAUUCCUCUAGGGGCCUUAGUAGGUGUGUGAUAUUUUGGCAGAGAGUUUAAAGCAACCAUACUGUACUUUGCAGCAUUUGAGGUUAUACAUUUGUGAUGUUCAUCAUAUUCAGCAGUGUGAAGUGCCUCCAGUGGUUGUUGUGCAUAUCUGAACAUAUAAGGCUAACCCUUACUAAGUUAUAGUAGUUUAGUAUUUAAGACAUUUCCUCACUUUGUCUUUAAAAUAAGUUAUUGGUUGCUGGUGAGUGCCUUAAUAAGACUGCUUAUUUGUUCACUGUGGGCAGGACCCAGACUUUUGCAGAUUUACAUAUGUAAAUAGUAUUUUUUUUUGCCAUGUUUACAUCUCAUGCCUUUGAUACUACAUAAAUCAGGUCAGGGUUGUAAUGAAAUCUUUUUACUCUAUUUUUUCUCAAGGCUGUUGAUAUAGACGACAGUAUGAAUUUUUUUAUAUAUAUAUAUAUAUAUAUAUAUAUAUAUAUAUAUAUAGAGAGAGAGAGAGAGAGAGAGAGAGAGAGAGAGAGAGAGAUAUUUGCUACAGACUGUAGGCUAGGCCUAUAUUUCAGACGUUCAGGUACUAUUGUUCAGGAUCCCAGAUGACCGACUUUAAUUCAGAUGUUAUUUACAGACACAAACGUGUACUUUGUUGUUUCUCUUUUUUCUUUUUUUUUUUUAAGAAUGAAGAAAUCCACUGCAACUGAUGGUUGAACUGCUGUACUUGAAACAGAAAUGCAAUUGUUUUUAAUUGCGCUUAAGGGCUCCAAAAUAAAAGUACUUUUGCAUCUACA